AUGUCAAGUUCUUUAGAACAUAAUGUGGUUCAUGAAGCCCGUGACGUAGCAUGUAAAGAAGCUCCAGAGCACUUUCGCAUGUCACAGCCUGGCGCACCUUAUAUUCGCGACAUGGCACAAUACCAGGAAAUGCACAGACAGUCGAUUGAAGACCCGGAAAAAUUCUUUGGAAAGGUGGGGAAAGAAUAUCUAGAUUGGGAUAAACCUUUCACCAAAGUCAAGUCAGGUACUUUAGAAAAUGGUGAUAUGGCAUGGUUUUUGAAUGGUGAACUAAACGCAUCAUUCAACUGUGUGGACAGACAUGCCUUUGUUAAUCCCGACAAGCCAGCAAUCAUAUAUGAGGCUGAUGAUGAAAAGGAUAAUGGUGUUAUUACCUACGGUGAAUUAUUGAGACAAGUUUGUGAAGUUGCUGGUGUUUUGAAGUCGUGGGGGGUACAAAAACGCGAUACGGUUGCGGUAUAUUUGCCAAUGAUCCCAGAGGCCGUUAUUGCUAUGUUGGCCAUUGCACGUUUGGGCGCUAUCCAUUCUGUUAUUUUUGCUGGUUUUUCUUCAGGUUCUUUGAGGGAUCGUGUUAUUGAUGCUGGAUGCAAAGUUGUCAUUACCUGUGACGAGGGUCGCAGAGGUGGUAAGACCGUCAACACUAAAAAGAUUGUUGAUGAGGGUCUACUCGGUGUAGACACUGUAAGUCAUAUCUUGGUUUUCCGGAGAACUGGCUCUGAAGUACCAAUGCAAACCAAUAGGGACUACUGGUGGCAUACGGAAACAGCCAAGCAAAGAAGUUAUAUACCUCCUACCCCAGUGAACUCUGAAGACCCAUUAUUUCUUCUUUAUACGUCGGGAUCCACUGGUGCUCCUAAGGGAGUUGUCCACACAACCAGUGGUUACCUCCUUGGUGCAGCUAUGACUACCAGAUACGUCUUUGACAUACAUCCUGAGGAUGUUUUGUUCACAGCCGGUGAUGUUGGCUGGAUCACAGGUCAUACAUAUGCGGUAUACGGUCCCUUGAUGUUAGGUAUCGCAACGAUAAUUUUCGAGUCAACUCCUGCUUAUCCCGACUACGGUAGAUAUUGGAGGAUUAUCGAGCGUAAUAAGGCUACCCAUUUCUACGUAGCCCCAACGGCAUUAAGAUUAAUCAAACGUGUUGGUGAAGCAGAAAUAGAUAAAUAUGAUAUCUCAUCGCUAAGAGUCCUAGGUUCUGUUGGUGAGCCGAUCGCUCCCGAUCUUUGGGAAUGGUAUAACGAACGCAUUGGUAAGAACAACUGUGUUAUCUGCGAUACCAUGUGGCAAACUGAAUCCGGUUCACACUUGAUUGCACCUUUAGCCGGCGCAAUUCCUACCAAACCUGGCUCCGCCACUGUACCAUUCUUUGGUAUCGAUGCAUGUAUCAUUGAUCCGGUCACUGGAAAAGAAUUGUUGGGAAACGAUGUUGAAGGUGUGCUUGCUGUCAAGUCUUCUUGGCCGUCUAUUGCGAGAUCUGUUUGGAACAAUCAUAACCGUUUUCUUGAGACUUAUUUAAAACCAUACCCAGGCUAUUAUUUCACCGGUGAUGGAGCUGGUAGGGAUCAUGACGGCUAUUACUGGAUUAGAGGAAGAGUUGACGAUGUCGUCAAUGUCUCUGGUCACAGGUUAUCAACGUCUGAAAUUGAAACGGCUCUAGUUGAGCAUGGAGGUGUUUCUGAAGCCGCUGUUGUUGGAAUAACUGAUGAGUUAACUGGUCAAGCAGUCGUUGCAUUUGUAUCCUUGAAGACUGGUAUUUUACAGGAAGUUCCAGGCGAGGGCCAUACCCUAGAUGUUAUACGCCGUGAAUUAAUUCUACAAGUCAGAGGUGAAAUUGGACCAUUUGCUGCUCCAAAAUCUGUUAUUAUUGUCAAUGAUCUCCCAAAGACUAGGUCAGGCAAAAUCAUGAGAAGAAUUUUGAGAAAGAUUACAUCCGGAGAGGCUGAUCAGUUGGGCGAUUUGUCCACCUUGGCAAAUCCAGAAAUUGUUCCCACUAUUAUUGCAGCAGUGGAAAAUCAGUUUUAUGCUAAGAAGGAAUAA